AUGACGGGGUUUCAUGUCACAGCUGAAGAUGAAAGUGCUGCAGAAGAGCAAGCGGCGGAACGAAAACCAGACGUAGAUGGUGGAAUCGGCGUUUCCUGUGAGAAUGCAAGCAAAGAGUCCGACCCAAAAGAAGCCAAGGAGGAAUGCCACAGAAACAUCCUGGCGCUUGGGAAGCCGGUGCCAUUGCCCUGUCUCCCAGGCCUUCCCCAGUCGGUGCCUGGGAAGCAGAGCUACGUGGCCCCCCUGAAGUCACAGAGAGCUGCUGCAGGAUGUCGGAGGAAAAGACGAAGAAUGGGAACCUCCAGCCUGGUUCCCAAGAAAAAAAGCAAAGUGUUAAACCCGAGAAGAAUGACUGAAAGGGAGAUGAGCUCAACAGGCACCGGUCUCUCUCUUUCAUGCGGCUCGGAGGUCAGUUUAAAGAACCGGGAGAGUGAGAUUCCAGUCCAGGGCGCUGGCCUGAACUCUGAGGUCUGUGUGGCCCUGCAGACAAGGGAGACUGUUGAAGAGAGGCCUACCCUGACAGAAACGGUCCUGAGCAGUGACAUCUCACGGGGUUACGAGUGGGUCCCGAUUCCCUGCGUCAAUGCUGUGGACAGUGAGCCGUGUCCCAGCGGCUUCCAGUACAUCGUGAGGAGCUGCUUCACCUCCCAGGUGGCCGUUGAUAGGAACAUCACUCACUUACAGCGCUGCUCGUGUGUCGACGACUGCUCCUCCAGGAACUGCGUGUGUCGGCAGCUCAGCGGGGGCUGCUUCUACGAUCAGGACGGCCGACUCCAGCCUGGGUUCAACAAGAGGAUGCCCCAGUGUAUCUUUGAGUGCAAUCCCAUGUGCUCGUGCUGGCGGACGUGUAGGAACCGCGUGGUGCAGAACGGGCCCAGGGUCCAGCUACAGCUUUUCCGGACACGAGAGAUGGGCUGGGGCGUGCGGACGAUGGAGGACAUUCCGGCAGGAACCUUUGUGUGCGAGUACGUUGGUGAGGUGAUCUCCGAUGCCGAGGCAAAUCUUCGUGAAGACACCUACCUGUUUGACCUGAACAACAAGGGCGCAGAGGUGUACUGCAUCGAUGGACGUUUCUAUGGGAACAUCAGCCGCUUCAUCAACCAUUACUGCGAGCCCAACGUCUUUGUAACGAGGGCCUUCACGUCCCAUCAGGACAGGCGCUUCCCCAGGCUGGUCUUCUUCAGCAGAAGGGCCAUCAAAGCUGGAGAAGAGCUUGGCUUCGACUACCAGAGGACGUUCUGGGACAUCAAGGGCAAAUACUUGAGCUGCAAAUGUGGCUCUGCCAAGUGCAAAUACAGCAGCUUGGCACUGGCCAAGAGGCAGGCGCGCGCCCGGUCCCAGAGGAGGAAGGCAAAGGAGGCGCCCGUGCUGGGCCAGGGCUCUGGCAGGCACAGUGUGACCGAGAGCUCGUUGUCAUCACUGUGCCGCUGCUUUGACAAACGCUGCAGGGUAGGAGGGGACAAAUGUUCUGCCUUCCUGGCUGCAGACCAGCAAGCUCACAGGAUGAGAAGUGCUGACUUUGAUCCCGUUAUGGAGGAAGGCUGUGAAGUUGACCUCGCUUACAUCCCAGAGUGCAUCAUAUUUGUAUCCUUCCCUGCUGGCUGUUCUGAGGAAGCUUACGCGUACCGCAGACUACAGGGUAAUUCCCUGAAGGAGAAGAGGAAGCUGCUGGCCAGCCAGCACGAAGCAGCCUGGGAACUGCAGGCGAACGUUGACCAUCGAGGACAGCAGCGAGAGCUGGAGGAUCAAAUCAAAGCGGGUCAGGAGCAGGUCAAGUGCCUGAUGGAAAGCCUCCCUGCAGGCUUCACACCCAGGGAUGCAACAGAAGCCGCAGCCUUCCGGCAGUAA